AUGAAGAAGCAGAGAGCAGGCUCUCCUGGACCCAGAGGUGUGUCCAUGAGGUCCAAGUCUCUGGAUGACCUGUAUAUUAAAAUUGGACAUGAUGCUGAUGAAGGGAUGAGGAAUGAAAGAACAGACUCUCCUGGACCCAGCUGUUUGUCCAUGAAGAGUGAUCGAUCUAUGGAUGCAUUAAUUUACUUUAAACUCCUCCCCUGGAGGACCAGCAUGCUUUUGGGCCGAUUUCAGCCAGAGAACUCAGAAGUUCACAGAGAGCAUCCAACAGACCUGGACUCCACUUUUAAGCUGCUGCGGGAAAACAUCUUCUCCUUUGUGAAUAAUGAACUGGAUAGACUCCAGGGGGCGCUGAGUCCAGAUCACUCAGCAUGCUUGGAUGAGGAGUUGAUGGAGGGUGAAGAUGAAGAGCAGAGGAGAAAAACAAGAGAUGCUUUUCAGAGGAUUGUUCUGCAAUUGCUGAGGAGAAUGAAGCAGGAGGAGCUGGCUGACCUUCUGCAGAGCAGAACGUAUGAUGCAAUAUGCCGACAUCAAUUGAAGUCUGACCUGAAGAGGAAGUGUCAGUGUGUGUUUGAGGGGAUUGCUAAAGCAGGAACGCCAACCUCCCUUGAUCAGAUCUACACAGAGCUCUACAUCACUGAGGGGGGGAGUGGAGCGGUCAACAAUGAACACGAGGUCAGACAGAUUGAAACAGCAUCCAGGAAACUACACAAACCAGAAACAGCCAUCAGUUGUACGGACAUCUUUAAAGCCUUACCUGAAAGAGAUGAACCAAUCCGAACAGUGAUGACAAAGGGCGUGGCUGGCAUUGGGAAAACAGUCUUAACACAGAAGUUCACUCUGGACUGGGCUGAAGACAAAGCCAACCAGGACAUCCAGUUCAUGUUUCCAUUCACUUUCAGAGAGUUGAAUGUGCUGAGAGAGAAAAAGUUCAGCUUGGUGGAACUUGUUCAUGACUUCUUCCCAGAAAUCAAAGAAGCCAGAAUCUGCAGGUUUGAAGAGUUCCAGGUUUUGUUCAUCUUUGAUGGCCUAGAUGAGUGUCGACUCCCUCUGGACUUCCACAACAAGGAGAUCCUGACUGAUGUUACCCGGUCGGUAUCGGUGGAUGUGCUGCUGACAAACCUCAUCAGGGGGAAACUGCUUCCAUCUGCUCGUCUCUGGAUAACCACAAGACCUGCAGCAGCCAAUCAGAUCCCUCCUGAGUUUGUUGACAUGGUGACAGAGAUUAGAGGGUUCACUGACCCACAUAAGGUGGAGUACUUCAGGAAGAAGUUCCCUGAUGAGGAUCAGGCCAGCAGAAUCAUCUCUCACAUCAAGAUAUCUAGAAGCCUCCACAUCAUGUGCCACAUCCCGGUCUUCUGCUGGAUCACUGCUACAGUCCUGGAGGAUGAGUUUAAGACCAGAGAGGGAGGAGAGCUGCCCCGGACCCUGACUGAGAUCUACAUCCACUUCCUGAUGGUUCAGGCCAAACUGAAGAACAUCAAGUAUGAUGGAGGGGCUGAGAUGGAUCCACACUGGAAUCCAGAGACCAGGAAGAUGAUCGAGUCUCUGGGUAAGCUGGCUUUUGAGCAGCUGCAGAAAGGGAACCUGAUCUUCUAUGAACCAGACCUGAUGGAGUGUGGCAUCGAUAUCAGAGCAGCCUCAGUGUACUCAGGAGUGUUCACACAGAUCUUUAUAGAAGACAGAGGAAUCUACCCAGACAAGGUGUUCAGCUUCAUCCAUCUGAGUGUUCAGGAGUUUCUGGCUGCUUUUCAUGUCCACCUGACCUUCAUCAAUACUGGAGUCAAUCUGAUGGCAGAAGAACAAACAACCUCACUGAUGUCAACAACAAGAAAAGCCAGACUUGCAGAGACAAGGCUCUACCAGAGUGCAGUGGACCAGGCCUUACGGAGCCCAAAUGGACACCUUGACUUGUUCCUCCGCUUCCUCCUUGGUCUUUCACUAGAGACCAAUCAGAAUCUCAUACAGCGUCUGCUGUUUUAUACAAAAACUUCAGUGCAAUCAAAAUCAGGAAGAAGCUCACAGACCACAACAGAACUAAUCCAGUACAUCAAGACAAGAAUCAGCGAGAAUCUGUCUGCAGAGAAAAGCAUUAAUCUGUUCCACUGUCUGAAUGAAUUGAAUGAUUACUCCAUAGUGGAGGAUAUCCAGUGGUCACUGAGAUUUGGAAGUCUCUCCCCUGAUAAAUUAUCUCCUGCUCAGUGGUCAGCUCUGGUCUUCAUCUUGCUGUCAUCAGAAAAGGAUCUGGACGUGUUUGACCUGAAGAAAUACUCUGCUUCAGAGGAGGCUUUCCUUAAGCUGCUGCCAGUGAUCAAAGUCUCUAAGAAAGCUCUGCUGGGUUGCUGUAACCUCUCAGAGAAAAGCUGUGAAGCUCUGUCCUCGGUCCUCAGCUCUCAGUCCUGUAGUCUGAAAGAGCUGGACCUGAGCAACAAUGACUUGCAGGAUUCAGGAGUGAAGGAACUGUUGUCCAAAGGACUAAAGGCUCAGCACUGCACACUGGAAACUCUCAGCUCUCAGUCUUCUCAUCUGAAAGAGCUGGACCUGAGCAACAAUGACCUGCACAUAGGAGUGCAGCUGUUGUCCAAAGGACUAAAGGCUCAGCACUGCACACUGGAAACUCUCAGUCUUUCAGGUUGUCUGGUCACAGAGGAAGACUGUGCGUCUCUGGCCUCAGCUCUGAGCUCCUCCUGUCUAAGGAAACUGGACUUGUGCUACAACUAUCCAGGAGAACAAGGAGAGAUGCUGCUGUCUGCUCGACUGGAGGAUCAGAACUGCAGACUUGAGACACUGAGUUUGGACCACAGUGGACUGCACAGGCUGAAACCUGGCCUGAGGAAGUAUGGGAACCACCACCCCAGUCUGCCACUCCAAAGGUACUGUCCCAGUCUUCCACACGAUGUUGAAGAGGCGUGUCAGCCGUGA